AUGUUUUUAGCCGAUGCCGGCUUAACAUCAAUUGACAUGGAAAACUUUAUUGAAAUGGGAUUACGUAUAAUUAGAUUUAGAAUGACAAAGUUAACUCACAACGAUAAAAUAAUGUUAUUAGCAAAGUUUAGAGAAGCUUCAAAAGUAUACUGUUCCAAAUAUGGCGUUGAAAAUUGGCCGAUUGCAAUUUCUAUUGAUGUUCCUAACGCUUGUAUUAAAACUGGCAGCUUAAAUGAGGAAUUAGAAGUGCAGGAAAUAAUAUUAGAAGAAAAUAGCAAGAUAAAUAUAACAUGCAAUAAGAAAUAUUGGAACAAGUGCAGUAAAGAUUUGUUAUUUAUGGACGACCCAUUUACAUUUCCAUCAAUAAAACCUGGUACUGAAAUAACACUAGGUUGGGGAAAAGUCAUUAUGUUUUGUGUUCAAAUAAUUAAUACGGAAAUGAUUAAAUGUAAAAUAGUACAAGGUGGCCUGAUAGGAGAAUUGGAGUCUUUUUGUGUACGCGGUAUCAGACAUAUAAAGCCAGCAUUAUCUAAUUAUGAUCUGAAGAUGAUUGACUUUGCCAAAGAACAUAAACUUGACAUAAUCAUUAUGAAUUCAGUACGUUAUCCAAUCACUAUAACUAGAGUGAGAAAGCUAUUUAAGAACCAACGAAUGCCACACAUUAUCAGCACUAUAUGCGAACAAGAAGGCUUGGACAAUAUUGACGAUAUUAUAGAGAUAUCCGAUGGAAUAAUAUUAGCAAGAGAAUUUUUAGCUUAUGAAAUUGUUAACCAGUAUCGUAUGGUGGCUAUACAGAUGCAAAUUAGUGGAAAGUGUAAACAGCGAGGGAAGCCGUUCUUUGUUUCGGGCAAUAUUUUAGAAGAGAGUCUAAAGAAAGGCAUCAUCACGGAUCGCGACCUUUACGAUAUCACAAACACCGCAAUGGACAACACUGGAUUUAUAUUAAAAGAACUUCAUGACCCAUCGCAUUUAUUAAUUGCUAUGGAUAUUUUGGAUUCAGUUUGUAGAUCGGUGGAAUCUAUCAAAAGCGAUGGGGAUUUUUGGAGGAUUUUAGACGAGUUGAAGAUGCCAGUAAAUGCUGCAGAAGCAUGUUGUCAAGCGUGUGCUCUAGUGGCGAGACAGACGCAGUCCAAAGUGAUCAUUGUGCCGACAGUGAGCGGGAAAACAGCGCGUUGUCUGUCGCACAUUGCACCAGAAGUAACUAUCUUUACAAUCACAUCAAAUCCUGUCACGGCCAGAAAAUUACAACUUUACAGAGGAAUCUUAUCUAUUAUUUAUAACGUGAAUAAAGACCAAAGUUUUGAAGAGGCAAUGGAAGAUCGUGUCAAGUUUGCUGUAUGUUACUGCAUUACUCGUAACAUAUUGAAUUACAAGGAUACUUAUGUUGUACUAAGAAGGUCUACUAUGUACAGCGCCUUCGCUGACAAUCUAAGUGUAGGUACAUUACAUAAGUACUGUGUUAAUCUAGUUGCUAAUGGUAACAAACUAUUGAAAGACUGGCAGUGCGCCAACUGA